GAACCUCCUUUCACCAAACAUAAAACUAAACCCUAACUAACACUCGCUCUCCUUAUCCGCAUUUUCUCGAAAGAAAAACUGAGAUAAAAGCAAACUCUCCACGACGAUAACUACUUCGUUCUUCAUCGCUUUGAAUGGCGUCGACUAAUGCUCUUUCUUCGGCGUCCAUUUUCUGCUCUCCCGUGAAGCAGGGCUUGAGGAGGAGGGUUAGCCAGCAGCAGAGUAGUAGGCUGAACUACAAGCAAUCUAGCGGCCGAUUUGUUGUUAAAGCCAAUGCGAAGGAGAUAGCAUUUGACCAGCACUCGAGGGCUGCACUUCAGGCAGGCAUUGAUAAACUUGCUGACGCUGUUGGCCUUACUCUUGGUCCUAGGGGGAGGAAUGUUGUUUUGGAUGAGUAUGGUAGUCCGAAAGUGGUUAAUGAUGGAGUAACAAUAGCUCGCGCUAUUGAGCUACCUGAUGCUAUGGAAAAUGCUGGUGCAGCUCUCAUUCGUGAGGUUGCUAGUAAAACUAAUGACUCUGCUGGUGAUGGAACAACCACUGCAUCAGUUCUUGCAAGGGAAAUAAUUAAGCUUGGGCUUUUGAGUGUUACCUCUGGCGCAAAUCCCGUGUCCCUUAAAAGAGGGAUUGACAAAACUGUGCAAGGUUUGAUAGUUGAGCUGGAGAAGAAGGCUAGACCUGUUAAAGGUCGUGAUGAUAUCAAAGCUGUUGCUACCAUUUCUGCUGGGAAUGACGAACUUAUCGGAACAAUGAUUGCUGAUGCAAUUGACAAGGUUGGCCCUGAUGGUGUUUUGUCUAUUGAGUCAUCAUCUUCAUUUGAAACAACUGUUGAAGUUGAAGAAGGCAUGGAGAUUGACCGAGGUUAUAUAUCCCCUCAGUUCGUUACUAACCCAGAGAAAUUGAUUGCUGAAUUUGAAAAUGCAAGAGUCUUGGUGACUGAUCAGAAGAUUACAGCUAUUAAGGACAUAAUUCCUUUGUUGGAGAAAACCACUCAAUUGAGAUCCCCUUUGCUUAUAAUUGCUGAGGAUGUCUCUGGGGAGGCUCUGGCGACUCUUGUCGUGAACAAGUUGCGUGGCAUAAUCAAUGUUGCUGCCAUCAAGGCUCCUGGUUUUGGUGAACGGAGAAAAGCUCUUCUUCAGGAUAUUGCUAUUUUGACAGGAGCCGAGUUUCAAGCCAGUGAUUUGGGUUUGCUUAUUGAGAACACCUCAGUGGAGCAGCUUGGUUUGGCAAGAAAGGUGACCAUCACUAAGGAUUCCACCACCCUCAUUGCUGAUGCAGCAUCCAAAGAUGAGUUGCAAGCUAGGGUUGCUCAGUUGAAAAAAGAGUUGGCAGAAACAGAUUCUGUUUAUGACUCCGAGAAAUUGGCUGAGAGAAUUGCCAAAUUGUCAGGAGGAGUUGCAGUCAUAAAAGUGGGAGCUGCCACAGAGUCUGAGCUUGAGGACCGCAAGCUUCGUAUCGAGGAUGCCAAGAAUGCAACUUUUGCCGCUAUCGAGGAAGGAAUUGUACCUGGUGGUGGUGCUGCUUUGGUACAUCUCUCUGAUUCUGUUCCUGCAAUCAAGGAGCAACUUGAAGAUGCUGAUGAGCGGCUAGGUGCUGAUAUUGUGCAAAAGGCAUUGUUAGCACCAGCAUCUUUAAUAGCUCAAAAUGCUGGAGUUGAAGGUGAAGUAGUGGUGGAGAAAAUCAAAUCAAGUGAAUGGGAGCAAGGUUACAACGCAAUGACUGACAAGUACGAGAACCUGGUUGAUGCCGGGGUUAUUGAUCCAGCUAAGGUUACAAGGUGUGCCCUUCAAAACUCGGCUUCAGUCGCUGGAAUGGUGCUGACCACUCAAGCCAUUGUGGUGGAGAAGGCUAAACCCAAGGCACCCAUGGGUGCUCCUUCACAGGGACUUACUGUGUAGAAAAUAUAAAUUUUCUUGUCUAGAUUUAUCGUCCUUCUAGGCGUUGAGAGAAGAAGAGAGUUGGCCAAUGCGGUGGUGCAUUCUUGAAUAUGCUUGCUGGGAUAGAAUAUAUUGAAUUGAAUGUGCCAGUUUUUUUGUAGGGACUUGGAGACAGAAUAAUCGAUUGUUUCUACCAAUUGUUAUGUCAGGUCUUGUAAUUUUAUAUCUACUUUGUUAAUUACCAAUUGCCUCGAAACCGCCUCACAAAAUUAUCCUCUA